AUGCCCAAGCCAUCGACAAUCUUAGAGGAUGAGGCCCUACCCUCGUCUCCACCGCCAUUGCCACAUGCAUUGUCUCCAAUCCACAACUUUACCCCCAAAACCAUUUCUUCCCUUAAAACAUCGCCCACUGUCAGGGUUGGCGACAUCUUGCACUGGGCACACCAAGUCAUCUUCUCCAAUUUACCGGCAAUUUCUUCUGAACAGGACACCCCUACCGUCCCUUCUAGUGGAACACAGCCUCAAAACUUUACCCGUCGAAAAUUUGUGUCCCCUGAUCUUCACUUGACGCAAGAGAUUCUUGAUGCCACCAUUACAGUCACCGCCAGCUCGUCGCUGUCUGACUGUCUUGGAGCCCUUCGUAGAAGUCAAGCCACAUCCUACAACGAGGACCGUGUUACCGUAAAAGUGGUCGCACCUCUAGUAUCCGUCCUUCUGGCGAUAUUCAUGGCACUCGUUGACGAGGACAAGUAUGAUUGGGUCGCCGAUGCCACUCAUAAAUGCACGAGUCUCGAGCCUCAGGUCGAAUUCGACGUUGUCUUUACACGCCUGGGCUUCUCUCUCAUGCCUGGGCUGUCAUCACAGCUGAAGAACAUGGUGACCGCCGUGGAGAUGAAGACGCCGCGGUCCUGCAAUGACCCCAACAACAAGUCGGUGGCCGACAAUGGACCUUUGACGGACAAAAAAGCGCAGGAAAUUCGUGAUCAGCUCGGGAAACAAGGAAAGCUUCUCAAAUCGCUCCAUCCUGACAAGUCCUUCAUCAUCCACGGCUUUUCCGUUGCUCCCGCGCACUUGGUUCCUCUCGCUUCCAACGGCACUCAAUACCUUGCGAUUGGGUCCGAUGUCAUGAAUAUCACCGACCACUUCCCUGUUGCUGUGGAGAAAGAGAUGAAUUGGCUCGACUACAUCGACAAGCUGGCUGCUUUCACGCUGGCGAUCGUCCAUCGCCAUGACGAAGACAUUGCGGGCGUUGUGAACAGUCGCUUCCCGGACCAAAAGCGACAGAUCGACGCGCUUUACGAGGUUGCGGGUGAGGCACUAGAGCUUACCCCUCUCGAGAUCUUGUUAAACCUUCUGUCGACUGGCCUUUAUUGGCUUCAGGUCAUGCUCUCGCUCCCACUGCUCCUGCUGGCUCAGAGACUGCGCCUGUUUCGCCCGAUCAGGUCCCUUGAGCAGAAGGAUUGUACACCCGUUUCUCUCGACACAAGCUGGCUCUCAUUUGGCUUGAAACUGCCUCCUGCUUUGAGUGUUCACGAGUCUAAUGAGAACAUGGUCUAUGUAUAUUCUCGCUGGGGCAUCGGGCUGGUCAUAAAAAUCUUCGGAAAUCCAACGACAUAUGCCAAUGAACUCCUCUGCUACCAGCGCUUGGAGAAGCUGCAAGGAGCGGGAAUCCCCGUGCUGUACGCCACUGGCAGUGUGGGUACACGGCCCUGCCUCGUGCUGUCGUACGAAGGGCAAAGACUCCGCCAAGAUCCUACCGAGGAAGACAGAGCCACUCUUGAACCGGUUAUCUAUUACAUGCACCAACUGAAAAUCCACCAUCACGACCUUCACCCACGGAAUGUCGUUCGAAAUGGGGAUGGAAAGCUUACUCUUAUCGAUUUUGGCUUUUCGGGACCAUGCACGAGAGGUGACUGCCACGACGAGUGGCGAUUGAAUGAUUGGUAUUGA